UUAUCGCUAACCCAUUCACUGCGCAAGACUUGUAUAACACGUGAUAGCUAUCGGGGAGCUGUGAAUAUCACGGGGCAGGUGUGAUCAUCAUCAGUGAUGGUGAUGGCCAGCGGUGGUGGCGGGCUGGUGCAAUCCCCGCCCGACAUGUUGCACCACCAUAACAUCAUGGACACAUCUUCUCAUGUCGAAAUGAUGCCUAAAAAGCUUCGGCUCUCCCUCUGCGUGGGGUGCGGUGGUCAGAUCCAUGACCAGUACAUCCUGCGCGUGGCACCCGACUUGGAGUGGCACGCGGCAUGCCUCAAGUGCCAGGAGUGCAGGCAGUUCCUGGACGAGUCCUGUACGUGUUUUGUACGGGACGGCAAGACGUAUUGUAAACGAGAUUAUACUAGGCUGUUCGGAACAAAAUGCGACAAGUGUGGAGCGUCCUUUAGCAAAAACGACUUCGUUAUGCGAGCGAAGACGAAAAUCUACCACAUCGACUGCUUUAGGUGCUGUGCCUGUGCUAGACAACUAAUACCUGGUGACGAAUUUGCGUUACGAGAAGGAGGUGCUUUAUAUUGUAGAGAAGAUCAUGACGUUUUAGAAAAAAGUGCAAACACGAGCGGCAGCAGUAGCGGCAAUGCAGAAAGCAAUAAUAACACAACACUUAGUAAUAACAAUUCACACCAUCCCCCCGAACUGGGUUCUAUGUCAGAUUCAGGCAGCGAGUCGGGUUCACACAAAAGCGGAAGAGCGCGAGCGGGUGCGGCUGCCGACGGGAAACCUACCAGAGUACGCACCGUGCUCAAUGAGAAACAGUUACACACUUUGAGAACUUGUUACGCAGCGAAUCCACGCCCCGAUGCCCUUAUGAAAGAACAAUUAGUAGAAAUGACUGGUCUUAGUCCAAGAGUCAUAAGGGUAUGGUUCCAAAACAAAAGGUGUAAGGAUAAAAAGAAAACAAUACAGUUGAAAAUGCAAAUGCAACAGGAAAAGGAAGGCCGGCGAUUGGGGUAUAUGUCCAUGGGCGUGCCGCUAGUGGCGGGAUCGCCGGUGCGGCACGAGGCAGGCGGGUCGCUGGCGUUGGAGGUGACGGCGUACCAGCCGCCGUGGAAGGCGCUGAGUGAUUUCGCUCUGCACGCCGACCUCGACCGCGCGCCGCACCACAGCGCCGCGUUCCAGCAGCUCGUCAACCAGAUGCAUGGCUACGACAUACCUUCCCUUCCCCCGCCCCGACCGGCUCACAGCGGUGAAGACAACUACGUGACCUACCUCGAAAGUGACGACAGCCUGCCCCCAUCACCCUAGUGUCGUCUUUCUUAACACCCUCGAACAGAGAGUGAUACAUACAGACUUUUCUUCUAACAAAUAAAGUUAUAUCAGGAUUAUCCAAACUAGCAAUUCUUUACGUAUAAUUAAUAUAAGGGACGUUUCAUACGACGAAUGUUUGCAGUGAUACAGUUGUAACUGAUAUAGUUAAUUAUCGUUCAAAUUGAAACAAUGUAAAGACAGAGAUAACUUAAGGUGUAAGUUAGUUUUUAUAAAGCUGAUCGUGUAGACUUUGCGCACACUGUUGGUCAAAUAAAAGAAGUAGACUUACUGUUCUAUAAAAAGAACAAUUCGACGAAUUUGCUUCAACGUUGUGUGUUGUUUCCAUAAUCGAUAAUGAGUUUCUAAUAAUUGGGAGAGUGAAAAUUCCCUUCUGAGAGUACAGUUUGCAAAAAUAGUCGCUGAAGAUAAAUUUAUUGCGCUCAUGCAAGUUUCUAAUAUAAAUCUACACAAUAGUCUAAUCUUCAUCUAAAAAGGACAGUUCUAAAACUAGAGCUUGCCUUUACCACAAGAAACAUUGUGCAAUAGGAUAGCACUACUUUAAGACACAUAAGAUCACCAUUAUUGUACUAGUAUUAACUGUAUCGCUACAAAUCAUCGCCAAGGGUAGUUAUUGUCUCUAAUUAAAAAAAAGUGAUAUGUGAUGCUCGAUUGCAUAAAGCACCCUCGAUAUCGCCUUACUUAUAAUAAAUAAUUUAUGUGUAAUAAGUAUUUCUAAAGUACUUAAGGUUUUCAAGUAUUAUUAAAAAAAAUAUGAAACUUGUUGUAUACUUUUUAAAU